AUGCAAAAUGAGCAGCAGACAGUGCAGAAGAUGCAGAGGGCUCUCGGUCUGAGCCACGAGGAUUUGAAGAUGUCUGCGUGCAGUGACUUUGUGGAACACGUUUGGAAGCCCGGCUCCUGCAAAAACUGCUUCAACCCAAAGAGUUCCCAUCGGCUGCAAACACCCCCAGACGUGGGAGCUUGUGGCGUGCUCCCGAAUGGAGUUAGGACCAGGCCUGAUGCGUUGGAAGACGAAGGUGUAAAUACCUCCCCCUUCUCAAAGCCAACAAUUGCCGUGAAGCCAACUAUGAUAAACUCAGAUGUUUCUGACACGUGGGCGGAUGUGAAUAUGAAUGCAGAUCUGUCACAGGUCAGCUGGGGCAUGGUUUCUGGCAAACACCUCCUUCUGAAAUCAGGAGAUGCGCAGCGGAUCUGCCUCAACAAUUUUGGCAACGGUGGUGUGAGAAAGCCCUUCCUUCACAACCCGCCGAGCGACUGCUUGUCUUGCUGUCCUCCUAGCUACUCCAUGGUGGGCCUGCGCAGCCUGGAGAGUCGAGUGGAGAGAAAUGUCUCCAUCCACAGCCUGGUGCUUGUGGGUGAGGUGGGCAAGCAGGAGGACAGAGCCAAAGGCAAGUUUGCCCCGCCGCAUCGGGCCCCCUGCCCUAAUCCGUCUGCCUUGGGGGACAGAAGUACUGCGAACUGCAGCAGAAACCCUUCUUCCCAAGCCAGAGAAGGAGCAGUGCUCCCCUUGGAGGGCGAUUGUGGUCGCCUCUCCUCUGGCUUCGAAAGCGAAGGGGGCGAGUACUGUUCAAUCACGGACUGCCACAGAGAGUGCCCGGUCCCGCGGGAGCCGCACUGCGCGGAGGGGAGGGUUGCCUGGUGCGAGAAGGAGAGCCCCGCUCCCUCCGGAUGGAGGCAGCGGGAUGCUCCCGAGAUUCCCAGGCCAAGUGGCAGGGCGGUCAAGUUCAGCGAAGAGGAAUGCAGAGCUGUGAAUGUGGCCUUCUGCAUCACGAAAGACCAGGGUGAUCCUCUCCCCUAUGCCCUGUGUUCGGAGAGGAAAAAGCUGGCUCUCCACACCGAGCCUGCUGCCCUCCCUGAGAGCACGGGGAGUAGCAAGGCAGCUGCCUUUGCUUUGUCCCGGGAGGACGAGGACUCACCUCUCCCUGGAGAGCCCUCUGUCACCGGAGGCCCCUGGCCUGAGGGUUCAAGCACUCCUCAGCAGGCUCUGGUGGAGCCGCAGCGACCUCGCCUCGCCUCGCCAGCCCGCGGUGAUCCCAUCUACGCCGAGAGCACCAAGAGGAAGAAGGCGCCGCUUAAGGCUGUCAGCGGACAGUCAAAAGCAGAGAAGCUGGCCUGCGGCACUGGCAAGGAGCAAGCUGAUGGGUCGUGGAGGGAUGGUGGCUGGGCUUUGGGUGGUGAGAAGGAAUACCAGGACUCCCCUGGCCAGGUGGCGGCAAAGAUCACUAUCAUGACCGCACACACAGAGGAUGAUCACAAGACAAUAUUCCUCAGCAGCCCUGAUUCGGCGGUGGGAGUUCAGUGGCCGUGCAUCAGCCCCACUUCCCACCCUGAUUUUGGGACUUCAUCACCUGCCGUUGAGCCUAGAGAGAUUUUUCAAGCAUCUGGAAGUGAAAACAGCCCAAGAUUUCAUCUGGCAGCUCCUGCCAAGACCUCAGUUACUGAGAGUCCAGCCAUUCCCCCAAAGAUGUCCAAAAACAGCCAGGUGGGCAGCGAGGGGAACCGCGUGCCCCCGGUAAGCUCACAUGGGGCAAGGUUUGGUGAUGACAACAGCCACGACGGAACUGGUGUUCAGCUGCUGCCGAGGAGCUAUACUGAUACAGGCGCUUUUGGGGCGUCCCCUUCUCCAUGCCCUCAUGUCAACGGGGUCUCUGUGGAGGAGUCCAGCAGAGGCCUGGCAGGCUCAUCCUAUGACAGGAGGCAGAAAUACUACACACCAACAUGGACCAAGCAGUGCCGGAUAGAGGAGGAGGAGGAGCAGGAGGAGGAGCAGGAGCUCUUAACCCACCCAUGGGCAGUGGGAGCUGAGAAUGGAAGAGCUGGUGCAGACCUUGUGGAUGAAGGCCCGAUGCUGGAGAGCCAGACUGGGAUCAGCAAAUCAUUGUCUUUCUCCUUUGAUUUCCCUAAAGACAAGAGCAAUGGUGUGGAGUUUGCACCACCGCCACCACCGCCGAAAAAGCAGUCCAGGCAUGCUCUGAAAAUGAACCCAAAUAAUGCUGAGUUGGAGAGGGUCAGCAACAGCUCUGCCGAGAGCCUGAGCCCACCUUUCAGGAGUGUCCACGUCAGCUUCACGGCUGGCUCCACCGACAGCCUCGACUCAGACACGCAGACUGGCAGUGAUGGCAGGCACUCAUCUGAGCCGAACCACUCGCCCCCUCCAGCUGAGAGCCAAGUGUUUCUCCCGGUCCCUUUCCUUCCUGCCUCCGGUGAGGAUGGUCCCUCCUCUGCCCCCAGCUGCCCACCCCCUCUGCCCCAGAAGAAGACAGUGAGCAGAACGGUGUCCUCCCCAGAUGGCUUUUUUGGGGGACAGGCAUCUUCAGGCAGAGCAGCCGAUGCUGCCAGCCCCAGGCUGAAUGUCAGCCACUCCGAGAGCAAUGUCUGUCUCCGAGAGGAGCCUCCCUUCGUCCAUCCGUCCAGCCUGGGGGGCCGCCCCGGUGCCUUCUCCUCCUCCGAGUCCCUGGAGAAAGGCUCCAAAGGAAACGGCUACUGGGGCUCAGCCACUGGUAAGAGCACAGGGGCUUGCAUCCCCAGCAGAAACCUCCAGUCCCUUUCCUCCUCGCAGCUCAGUGUGUCCAGCCAGGUGUCAUCAGGCUCCAGCCUCCAGCUCCACAACCUCCUGAGCAACAUCGACAGCAAGGAGGGGGUGUACGCCAAGCUGGGGGCCCUCUACGCCGAGUCCUUGCGCCGCCUGGUUGCCAAGUGUGAGGACUGCUUCAUGCGGGAGCAGAAGAACGAGCUGCACUUCAGCGAAAACAACUGGUCGCUCUUCAAGCUGACGUGCAACAAGCCCUGCUGUGAUUCGGGGGAUGCAAUAUAUUACUGUGCCACCUGCUCCAAGGACCCUUCUACCACCUAUGCUGUGAAGAUUUGUAAAACCCAGGAGUCCAAGGUGGCUGCUUCAUACUGCAGCCCUGCGGUGCCAGUCCACUUCAACAUCCAGCAGGACUGUGGGCAUUUUGUGGCCUCUGUCCCCUCCAGCAUGCUGCUGGCCUCAGAUGUUGGGAAAAGCAUGCCUGGGGAUGGCCUCCAUCCCUCCCGCACUGCCAGCGAGCACGACUGUGUGGUGGUCAUUACCCGGGAGGUGCCAAGCCAGACCACUGCCGACUUCGUGAGGGACUCGGUGAUAUUGCACCAAGCCAAGCCCGAGCUGUAUGAACGUCGUGUUUGCUUCUUGCUCCUCCAGCUCUGCAAUGGCCUGGAGCAUCUCAAAGAGCACGGCAUCAUCCAUCGUGACCUGUGCCUGGAGAACCUCCUGCUUGUCCCCUGCAAGCCCCCCAUGAGCUGUGUGAAAGCCAAAGAUGACAAACACUUACCCCGCCUCAUCAUCAGCAAUUUUUUGAAAGCCAAACAGAAGCCAGGGACUGGAGACUCCAAACUGAAGAAGAGUCAGGCCCGGCUGGCCCCGGAGAUCGUGUCAGCUUCUCAGUACAAGAAGUUUGACGAGUUUCAGACUGGUAUUCUCAUCUACGAGCUGCUGCACCAGCCCAACCCCUUUGAGGAGAAGGUGCACCUCCGGGAGCAGGAGUACAGCCCUGAGGACCUCCCUGCUCUGCCCAGCCUGUCCAUCUACUCCCGGGGGCUCCAGCAGCUGGCCCACCUGCUGCUGGAAGCCGAUCCUAUCAAGCGUGUACGGAUCACUGAGGCCAAGCGGAUGCUGCAGUGUUUGCUUUGGGGGCCCCGGAAAGACCUCACCGAGCAGCCCCUCAGCCAUGAGGAAGCCCUCUGCCAGGUGCUUCAGAAUUGGGUGGACAUGAAGCGUGCCCUGCUCAUGAUGAAGUUCGCAGAGAGGGCUGUGGACACAGAGCGGAGCAUUGAACUGGAGGACUGGCUGUGCUGCCAGUACUUAGCAUCUGCUGAGCCGGCCUCCCUCUCACGCACAUUAAAACUGCUGCAGCUGCUCUGACCUUGGACAU